AUGCUGAAUCUCAGCGUCUUCGACCUCCUGGUCCCUGUCCUGGUGAUCAUCACGGCAAUUCUCUACCUCCCCAUAACACUCAUCGCCAUCAUCAAAAACCAAAGAACCGCCGACCUGACCUCCUGGAAAUCCUUCCAGCAAGCCUGGUUCUCCCGCUUCUGGAACUUCUUCGGCUGGGCCUCCAGGCCUCUCUUCGCUCCCGACGUCGAGAAAGUUGUCUCCAAUGCGCAUGGCGUAGUUGUCGACCUUGGAUCCGGCUCAGGGGACUGGCUAUACCUGUUCACCGAAGCGCGGAAUAGGAACAUCACAAAGUUGUACCUGAUUGAGCCGAACGGUGACUUUCACCCGGUGCUUCGAAAAAGAAUCAGGGAGCUGGGAUUGGGGGGCAAAUGCCAGAUCCUCCACACGGUAGAGGAUCUCGCGAAGGUGGGGGUGGAACCAGGCACGGUCGACACAAUCAGCACAGUGCAUGUGCUGUGUAGUGUCCAGUCUCCGGGACCGUUGAUCAAGAGCCUGUAUCAGUACCUCAAACCGAAUGGAAAGUGGCUCAUUUAUGAACAUGUCAAGGCACAGAAUGGGCGGUCAGUUGCGGGUAUUUGUCAAGCUGGAAUGAACACCAUCUGGCCCGUCUUUCUGGAUGGUUGCUCGUUGACACGAGACACUGAGGAUAUGCUGCUGCAUAGCGGAAAAUGGACCUCGACGGAUUUGCGACCUGGCUCGAAUGAAGGGUGGUUCAACCUGCUGCCUCAUAUAGUCGGAGUUCUGGUGAAGUAG